GAUACCAUUGUAGGUAAGACUCUCAGCUACCAGAAAUCCAAGACUUCGAUUGCAAUCUAAUCAAUCGCCAAUAUGUCGGGAUUUGGAAUUGCUCAUCUAAACAUUUUUCUUUGCCUACUUGGUUUUACAAUGGCUCUCGAUGACUCUCACGCAUUUUUCAUGAGAACACACAGAGAGUCAAUUGACGACGACCAAGUAUUAGGAUCAAGUAAAUCGUCUCAAACCUCGGACUCAGAGAACCGACCAAAACUAGAUGACCACAGUAAUCGACGCUUCAAAAAUCCCAAGAAAGUCCGUAAUAAGAAAAGGUGCUUUCUAGGCUGUCCCUAUGAUUGUCCUGGUGGCCUCGAAGACACACUAUUAGACUGCUCUCGUCCAUGGGGUUGGGGUCCGGGUCCUCUGUACCCGGAGUAUGGACCGCAUUUUCAUCGCGGCUGGGCUGGACACGGUGGUCCAUUUGGAUGUAAUAACUGCGGUUGUGGAGGUCCCUGGAGAGUUCCUGGUUGCCCGUGUGGCUGUAAUAACCACGGCUGGAUUUGUUGUGGUCAAGGUGGUGGUGAAGGCGGUGCCAAUGAUUGUCCGAAAUUUAACGACGAUGUUUCAUCCAACGAGAAACCUCGACAAGGGGGGGCUCUGACACUUUUUCAUCCUUUCUUUGGAAAAAAAGUACAUUUUAAGGGUCCAUUUAAAGUGACACAGGGCAAAAACGUUCAACGAGGAUAUCGAAGGCAGGAGAUCACUUACGGUGCUACCCCUAAUUACGGAUAUGGAUGGGGGAAUGGAUAUGGAUGGGGAAAUGAGUAUGGAUGGGGGCAGCCAUCAGUAUAUCAAGAUCCUUACCAGGGAACCUAUGGUAACUGGCAAGUUCCUCAGCAAACUCAGCAAACUCAGCAAACGUGCCCAGACUGCCCGUUAGACAAGGUUGUUGGUAGUUUAUUCCUAUGGAGACCUAAGGGACCAGCUAAACCAGCCAAUAUAGGGAAACCAGCUACGAGACGGAAAAAAAAUCCAUAACUGCAGGUUUAACUACGUGGAAAGGCCCCAACAAGGACACAAGUCCAUAAAAGAUAAUACCAUGAUAUUUAAAUUCUUAGCUUAAGAAGACAAGGUGAAGUUUUCCUUCAGGUACAUGAAAUAGAUUCCAGACACGGUUACGAACUGUUCUUUCUAUUUUGACUGAAAGCACAAAUUCCAGUUGAGACCUAGUGCAUUCCUCGGAAAGAAAAGGCAUCAGAGCAUUUUAUGGUAAAGUAAUGAGUAACCUGCAAACUGCACAUUCCAACUGAUUCAGUUAACAAUAUUUUACAAAUAUGAUAGAAUAUCCACAGUUAUGUUAAAAGUGUUAAAGAGAGUAACAGUUUUACAAAAUAAGCUUCAUAAGAGCGUCAACUUCGUGUAAACUGUACGUCCUCAAUAAAAUUUGCUUAUUUUCACGCAAUUUAUGUUG